AACCAUUCCGUGAUUUGUUAACGGACCCUAAUUCACCUCUAAAAGAUUUCUUCCCGAACAAGAUGCAAUUUAUCUCGGACGUUGGUGUUUUACCUUUUAUCGAUGAAAAAGUACUACUUGAAUCAAUGGCUCUCCGAUAUCCAAAAUUAAGUCCCGAAGAUCAAAAAAGAAAUACUAUUACAGGAAAAGUUCAAUUAUUUGCAGGUCGAUUUGCACCAUCAUGUCCAACAUUGCGCUCUCUUGGAAAUGGUUAUGCAACAACACUUUAA